AUGCCUGAUUCGACGCUGUUUUCGGACCAACCGAAUUUUACCACCUCAUCAGACGCUCUGCCGUCUUUCAUUUCGCCAGUUGGUCUCCUCUGGCAUGACUUUAAACUGUUCUUUCGAAUUUGGAAAACGAUCCCAGGAAUAGUUUUGCCGCUAUAUCCCACACUUUCAGGGGACUUAGACGAACUGUCCUGGACUUUUGGAAACGUGGCUGACGUUCUCUUCCAUGUUGUACUCAUUGUAUCACAGCUUGGAUUCCUUCUUUCAUUGCCAUUGUCCCUAUUCUUGCCCUUUAACACCUUUUUGAUAUUCUUCAUUGGCUUCCUAUGUUUGAAUUAUAUUAUCUGUACGCCGUUCAACGGCAAGCCAGGCGCUAUUUACCGAGCAUUCCCGGGGUCUGGAAUUCAAGCUAUAGGAAAAGGGGAGAAAUGGAUAUUUAUCAACGGUGUGUCUGUUGGAAGACGCUGGCUUCAGAAUAAUAUUCAGCGACUGGCCAAUACUUUCAGACGUGAGAUUGUCGCUGUUCAUAAUCCGACGAGCGGAAUUAUUUUUGAUUUAAUUCAAUGUUUGAUUGAACGAGAUUUCCAAUAUAAUACCGAUGACGUUCGCCAGGCAUAUGCUAUGGUGAAAGAAGAACUCACCAAAACCAAAGACCCAAAUGACAAAGUGGUUUUGAUUGUUCAUAGCCAGGGUGGUAUUGAAGGCGGCAUGAUUAUUGACUGGCUUCUCUCUGAUGUAUCGGAGGCCGCUUUGUCAAAACUUGAGGUGUAUACCUUUGGCAAUGCGGCCAAUCAUUUCAACAACCCGGUGCGCACAACAACAGUCAACGGCCCGGGGUCGCAGAAUCUUUACCGAGCCAUUAGGCAUAUUGAGCAUUAUGCAAACAGUGGGGAUUUCGUCUCCAGGUUUGGUGUGCUGAACUAUGCUAGAAAGGAUGCAAACCAGAAAGAAAACAGAUUUGUGGGCAGGGUUUUUGAACGGCAGGGCGAUGGCCAUAUGUUCUGCCAACACUACCUUGAUACCAUGUUUAUGAUGAAGGGGAAUGCGGUUGCAGAGCACAACCCUUUCAUUGACUCCUAUGUCGAAGUUGACUCAGAGAACACUGGCCCCGGAUAUGCGCAGAGAACGGAAGAUCGUACGAUCAAGUCCAUGAGUCGACUCUGGGAAUAUAGAAAUGGAGGAAGCCCUAGGUCUUAA